UGUGGUUGCUAAUUGCAGAAGACUAUUAAGCAUUGUGGUGUUGAAAGUUUUAAAGAUCUUGCAAAAAAAAAUCAGUAAAAGAAAAAUAGUAAGUGAAGUGUAUUAGCCUGGUUAUCUCUCUGACCCUUGUUCUCUUCCUUCCUCUCUCUGUGGUUGGUUCUGUGGAUAUCUGCUCUUGAAGUCAAGUGCGUGAUAAAGAGUUUGUCAUGAGAUUUUCUGAUAAUCUGUUUCAGACACGAGACUUUCUGAUAAUCUGUUCCGGACUUAGUUAUAAAAACAACAACAAAAAACAAAAAACAAAAAAAAAACAAAAACAAGUGAAUUCUAUACCAUGUUAAAAUACCAAAUAAUCAUAAACAAUCAUGAGACGGACAGAUAAAAAUGUAAGUGAAAAGAUCCAAUGUAUGAAAGUUAGUGUUGAUUAAAGAUAUUGACCAUGACGUUGACCGAUAUUAAUAAAUAUAACAUUUAAAACAUUUAAAUCAAUUUAUGUCUGACCCAAGAAAAUUGACACCAUUAAUUACUUUUUUCUUUUUCUUUUUUCAUUUGAUUGAAGCAAAUAAAUAUAAAUAUCGUAUCAAUAGCCAGUUUUGAUUGUUUGCCAUUUUUCUGUUGAUAAUUAAAGUCAUAUAUUUGUGAUGUUACAUUUACUUUAGGUACAUUACUUUAGAUUAGUAUUGGUUUUAGCUAUGAUCCAUUAUCAGAAGUGAAGCCCUGCUUCUUUUUAACAUCUGUAUAUUGAUCGUUUUACAAGGAGCAAGAAAACAUUAAAGUUCUCUUCUGUAGCAUCAAAGAACUUGAAGUUUUCCAUAACUGGGUAAAUUCACCAACAAUAACUUCUACUUCUACUUCUACUGGAGUCCCAAGAAAUGAAUGUGAAAUGAAUAACAAAGAAUUUAAAACAAAAUAACUUAUGUGACAGAGUUCAAAUCAAAGCCCUCCCUCAGACUACACUGAACCACUAGUAAGAGUAAGAAGUGUGGUUAAGAGGAUGGAAAGGAAAUGAGUGGAGCAGGGUUUGGUGAUUCAGGUGCUAUAAAUUGUGUCACCUUUUCCUCUGUGCUCUAAAGAAUGAGACGUCUUCAUUGACAAGUAACUGAGAGAGGGACUUAUCAUGAACAGCUGGAGUGUGUAUCACCUGGUAGUCCUUGCCUUGCUCUUUGCUUCCCAGUCUAGUGCUGAGUAUGAUGGUGAGGAUGCUUAUGAUGAAUAUGAUGAGAUAUUAGAUAUUGACCCGGACCAGAUUAUUUUUGAGAUUAGUAAUACACUGCAUGGUAUUACUGUAACAUGGAGUACCCCAGACAAAAAUACAAUCCCUGAGUGUUAUGAAGCUCAAGUGCAGUUCAAGAGCCAGUGUGUCAAAGAAUGGAAGGAAGGUCAGAGGACUGUGACACAUACACAUGAAGUGUACAGUUUGAACCUGUCCACUAUCAGCAUGAAGAAGAAUUACGAUUUCAGAAUAAGAAUGAGGAAGGCGUGUCAGGACAAGAACUGGAGCAAUUGGACAACAGUGCAAAGUUGGGGAAACAAUACAGGUGCUUGUACGGUAGACGCAUCCACUUACAUCUGGGUUUAUAUUUUGAUAAUUGUGCUGCCACUAACAGCCUUUCUUCUUGUUUGUCUGUUGACUCAACAGGGAAUUAGAAAACUGAUCUUUCCUGAAGUACCAGAUCCCAAACACUUGAAAAAUAAAAUCAUGGACGCUGAACAGUCUCAGUGGUGGGAGAACCUUACGCAGUGGAAUGAAGAAUGCUCAACAACAGAUGUUGAGAUUAUGGACAAGAACGAAAGGGAAGAACAACAUCAAACUUUGGUAAUACAGCCCAUGGACACCAGCCCAGAGCAACAGGACAGCAUGUACUGCAUCUACUCCUCUCAAACAUCUGGUGAAAACACAGAACUGCAGUACUCUCAGAGUGUGUUGGGGUAUAUCAUCCUUUAACACCACAGAGAGGGACUAAAAUCAUAUUUCAAUGAGCCAGUUUAAUGCUUUUAUGAUUGAUUAUUAAAUUGGUGUAACACAUGGGGUCACAUCUUUUAUGCUAGCUAGUGUCUUGUGUUUGUGAUCAUCACAGUUUAGAUGCAUAUCAUGGCUCUGUUAGCCCCUGCUGGUAGAUCCUGUAACUACACCAUCUGGAUACAAAAAGCAUCUUUCUCCAUUAAUGGCCUUUCAAAAUUAGCCACCUAUUCUGAUGCAACUAAAGUCUUUUAAGCAAUAUAUUUCCAGGGUUCUUGCAUCAGCCAAACAAGUACCUUUGAGAUCAGUGGGAAUGCUAAUUGAUAUAUUUGUCAAUUACAGAUCUCAUUGGUUACUCCUAAAGUCUGUGAUCAGGAUUGUGGUUAAAGCAAGCUAGUGCACAGAAAAUCAUUUGAGCACAUCAGCUCUAAGCAAACAAUGUGAGUGCAGUACAAUAAUUGGACAAUGGAGGGCACUCUGACUAUCCUGAAGUGUUAAAGAAGAGUUGAACCUUAUCAAAGCCAACAAGGAGCACACUCUUCACUGCAUCACAGCCCUCUCUUAAGGGAGGAUGUAUGUUAUUUGAAGACUGAUUUAAAAGAUUAAUGUGAAACUGCAUAACAGAUGUGGAGUUUCAGUGUGACGGCGUUACAAAGCCAGGGCAGCAGCCACACACUCCAAUCUGUUGUGAUUGAUGAAUUAGAAUGGGGUGAAGAAGAAUAUGAGCAAAUAAUCAUUAACAUAUAGAAGCAAAAAUGAAAGCCACUCAGGUGGAUAUAUGAAUGUAAAAAUGUACACUUUCAGUCGUACCUGUUACAGCUUAGAAAAACUGAAAAAAAAAAUGUAGAAAAAAAAUGGAAAAUUAAAAACAAACAAACAAUAUAUAUAUAUAUAUAUAUAUAUAUAUAUAUAUAUAUAUAUAUAUAUAUA